AUAUAUUAAACCUAAACUGUUUUGGAAUUCUUGCCAAAAUGAAUCCUCAAAGUGUUGUUUCGUUUUGGGUCCUUUGUCUCCUUUUUGUAUCUCAGCAAGUGACGUCUUCAUCCCCUUUAUUAAUUAAUGAUCUUGGAAAUUGCGGAUUACAGCUCACACAUCACAUGACAAGAAUUGAUGAUCUCAUCACGUAUAUAAUGACAAAGCAAAGAGAUGAAAUAGACGAAGUUAAAUUUAUCGCAUUGAAUAAUGAAAAUGAUUUAAAAAAUCAAAUUGAGGAGUUACAGAAAAUUGUGAUAAAUUAUGUAGAUCCAACGGGACAGAAAACUAGAAUACAAUCAAAAAUAGAAGAGAAUUUGGAAAGACAAAUAGAAAACUUGAAAGAAACAUAUAGCCGUGAAAUUAAAGAAUUAAAUUCUGAAUUUUCGUCUAUUAAAAAACAAUUAAAAGAAUUUCAAGCUCAGUUGUCUGAUCAAAAUCAUUUACUUGAAAGAUAUUCUCUUCAACUGAAUCAAACAGAGAAAAGGUUACCAAAAGGUUGCAAUGGACUCUCAUCGCGAAUUCAUACAAUUAAACUGGAUGGAAUUGAUCCAUUUCCUGCUCUUUGCAACAGAGAUAUAGAAGGUGGUGAUUGGAUAGUAAUUCAUAAACGAUUUGAUGGUAGUGAAAAUUUUAAAAGAACUUGGACUGAGUAUCGAAAUGGUUUCGGUAACCAAACGGGAGAGUUCUUCAUUGGUCUCGAGAAACUGCAUCGAAUAACCAAUUCUGAAACCCACGAACUGUAUGUCCAAAUGGAAUAUUUCAAUGGAAGUUUUAAAUUUGCUAAUUAUGAUUAUUUUAAAAUUGGCAAUGAAAGCACAAAAUAUGUAUUAGAGUCGGUGGGCAAAUUUAUAGGAACAGCUAAUAAUAGAAUGAAUUAUAAUUUAAAUCAGAAAUACUCUACAUUUGAUCAGAACAACGAUGAAGACGCCAUCUAUAAUUGUGCAGAAGAUAAUGGUGCCUGGUGGCAUAGGCAUUGUAGUUAUGUCCAACUCAAUGGAAUAUAUUCUAAAGAGGACACCGAUGAUUGGAGCAGUAUGAGCUGGGAACAAGGUGCAAUUACUCUGAAAUCUGCCCAAAUGCUUAUCCGACCAAUAUCGAAUGUUUGAUCGUACAAAAAUCAACGGAAAGUCUGAAAAAAUGUUUACAUAUGUAAAAUUUAACAUCGGUACACUCAACACUCAACAUUUUUCUUAAGUGACACCUUUAAUUAAUUUGUACUAAAGUUAGCCCAAAUUAUGAUCUAAUAAAAAUAUAUUGAAAAGAUUGGAACUUUA